AUGUUGCUGCCGCAGGUCAUACCGGGUAAAUUUGCUGAACAUUUCAGAGACAAAAUAGAAGGAAGUAUUACGCUUGAAUCACUUGGUGGUUAUACUUUUGAGGUUCAAGUUGCAAAGAAUUUUGGCAGAAUAGUGCUUCAGUCUGGCUGGAAGUCAUUUGUUAGUGCCCAUGACCUGAAAAAGAUGGACUUCCUGGUAUUCAAGUACAAUGGGAUGUCUCGAAUGAAGGUUCUGAUAUUUGAUCCUAGUGGUUGCGAGAAAGUACCACCCUGUUUUGUCACGAAAAAUGCUAUUAAUGGUGGAAAGAAGAGAGAAGAAGCCAUUGUAAUUGCAAGUGGCGAUGCUAAUAAUCAUCCCAUGAGAGCACCAGAAACUAAAAAGAAAGCAUUGAAGCAAAGGGACAGGAGAUUGAUACUAAUAUUGCAUUUCAAUUGCACAUUCUUCAGCGAGCAGGACUUCUCCAGAAAAUAUUCUGAUGUAUGUCUUCCAUUCAAGAGCAAAAGGUGGAUUCUUCAGUGUCAUGGCAAGAGCUGGGAAGUGACAUGCCGCAUUAAGGCUGGGAAAUGUCAAGGCAAGUUCAAAAUGCUUUGCAACGGGUGGGCACAGUUUGCAGGUGACAACUAUUUGCAGCUGGGAGAUAUACUCCUCUUUGAACAACUGAAGACCAAGAAGUACAGGAUGAAUGUGCAUAUCAUUCGCAAUGAGUACGCUACCAUGAUGAGAAAACCUUCAAAGGGAUGCAAGGAGACGGAUGCAAAUUACCACCGGAAUUAUCACACAUAUGACCAUGGCAAACAUUUUUUCAAGGUUUUGAUUGGUGAUUUCCAUAAAAGAUUGGUCAUACCGGGUAAAUUUGCCAAACAUUUCAGAGACAAAAUAGAAAGAAAUAUUACUCUUGAAUCAUUUGGAGGUUUAACCUUUGAUGUUCAAGUUGCAAAGAAUUUGGGCAGAAUAGUGCUUCAGUCUGGCUGGAAGUCAUUUGUUAGUGCCCAUGACCUGAAAAAGAUGGACUUCCUGGUAUUCAAGUACAAUGGGAUGUCUCGGAUGAAGGUUCUGAUAUUUGAUCCUAGUGGUUGCGAGAAAGUACCACCAUGUUUUGUCGCAAAAAAUGCUAUUAGUGGAGGAAUGACAUCUUCAGAAGAUGAUGAAGCACAUUCUGUUCCGAGUUACAUGCUCCCACAAGGCACCAGCCUUGAUAGUAUGCAAAAGAAGAAACUGAAAGAGAGACUCCGAUCUAUGUGUUCUGAAAUCCCCAUCUAUGUGUGUGUCAUGAAGAAGUAUAACAUUUCUGGAAGUUCUAAAUCUAUGGUCUUCUCCAAAAAAUAUUCUGAUGUAUGUCUUCCAAUCAAGAGCACAAGGUGGAUUCUUCAGUGUCAUGGCAAGAGCUGGGAAAUGACGUGCCGCAUUCUGGUUCGGAAGGAUCAAGGCGAAAUGAAAAGGCUUCGAAAUGGGUGGGCGCGGUUUGCAGGUGACAACAAUUUGCAGCUGGGAGAUAUCUGCGUCUUUGAGCAACUGAAGACCAAGAAGUACAUGAUGAAUGUCCAUAUCAUUCGCAAAGAUUGA